UUGCUCCAGAGACCAGACAUUCCGCCCCGCCACCGAUCCCACCUCUCUCCUGGAAGGCUCCCACAAAUUGAUAGCGGCUCCCUGACGCCCGCAAAUCAUAUACAAUAUCCUGGAAAUCAAUUUUUUUGAGAGGGAGAGGGAGCAUCCCGAUUGGUCUCUCUUCGUGCUAAGUAGAGCUAUCAGUUCUCUCUGCGGGCGGGCUUUACAGUCGAUCUCAAAAAUAAUGAGUGUUGCUCGCUGCACUGUUUGCAACAGUGACUUUUCUAUUGCCCACGGUGGGUUAAAAUGUAAAAGACAUGUUGAGUAAUAUCUUGACUCCAUUCCACAUCUAUCAUGGCUGGUUCUACGUCACAGUUGCAUGCAAGUAAAAUCAAAAUCACCUCAUUCUUAUACAAUUUUCUCAAGGAAAAAGCUUAUAAGUAUGGGUUGCUGGGUCCUAUCGGGAUGUUUGAUCAACAGCAGGAAUCAAGGACUGCAGUUCUGCACGACAGUCUGUUGCCAUUCUUGGGGCUCAACAAUCGGCUGCAUUUCGGCAUGUCCAGGGUCAGCCUGAAGUCGGACGUCUUCGGGGCCUGUGCGGCCCUGUGGACACAAGUUCUCAACUGUGUCACGUACUGAAGCAUAGUGGGAGCAGGAACAUCGAAGACUGAACAAGUGAUUAUCAGAGGGCUCUACAGUCAGUAAUCGAUUUGCCAAUUCUCAAGUCAGGGAGCUCAAAGAAAAAGCAAUUCUUCAGACUGACUGCAACAUGGAAAUAGCAACUGUUGUCUCCUCUGUCACUGUGGAAGGAGCAAUAUCUGUCUCUACCUUGUUAGUGAGAGAGAGUGUCUGAAGGAUGACGAAAUGUCGGAGUGAACAAUCUGAUCUUUUGGAAUAGGAGGAAUUUCAUUGUAACUACGUUGUGUCAAGAUUGCCAAUCCUGGAAUUUGAUCUCGCCAACCUAUUAUCCUUAGCAACGGAGGAUGAAAAAACGUCAGGAAGUCCAAGAAACACAAUUAAAUCAAUGGAAGACCACAACUAGCAAGAACGAUGAACAACCUGUGUGCAAAAGUCAACAAACUGUGCAAAUACAAAAAGAAAGUAAACGAGAACUGGUAUUUAUUUAAAUAUCUGAACUUCAGAGUGGAUUGCUUGCUAUGGUGAUGGCACACAGUCUCUGUUACAGCUCAUUGGCACCUUCUGGCAGACAGCUGUGUCAGUCACCUGAACUGGAAGUAUAUGGGAGAAAUGCAUCGCAAAUGGCAGCACACAUCCAGAAUGCAAAGCAGCAGUCAAAUUGUUUCAUAUCAGAGUAUUGUGAUCCCAAUUUCCAACUGAAUGGAAGUGGAUUUAGGCAAGUGGAAGUUAUAAAUGAAAAUAUGGAUGUUACUGUGGAGACUCCGUUAUGUAAUCCUUUGAAUGGAAUGAGAGCUACUGCAAAUGAACUUAAGCACAUGCCUAUGAGGAAUGAAUUUUUUUCCAGGAGGAAGCAUAAGCGGGAGCACGAGGAAGAUGAAGCUCCUGCUCAAAAGAAACGUUUAACGGAAAAGAUGCUGGAUUGCCUGGUAAUUUCAGGAAACAGUUCAUAUCCCUCUGGGCCUUACUUUCCAUAUCCCCAAGGAAAUGGGGUACCUGAUGUUGCCUCCACUUCUUGGCAAGAUGAAUCUACCUCUCAGGAAUUUGUCGCAAACAAAGAGGGCUGCAUGGAGGUGAAAACUGAUUCAAACCAAAUUGGACUGGAAAAGCUGAAGGAAAUUGAAAAUCGGCUAGUUACAAGAGAUGAUCCAGAAACUGACACAGUUGAGAUUUCAGAUAUGCCAGUGCUGGUCUUGUCUGAUUCUCUCCGAGAAGAACUGAAACAUGGUCUGGAAGAAGUUUUGCCUCGUACAAUAAUGGAAUCCCUGAAUCGUCCAUGCAUGGAACUUGUUCUUUGGAGACCCCCAUGUGAACCUCUUUCAGAUAAACUUGCAGCAUUAACAGAGCAAAGGAAGUCCAAGCAUAGGGAGCUACAGUGUGAUCCUGAUUUAUACAAGAGCACAAAACUGGAUUCAUCCUUAAUGUGUGGUGAUAUGAAUCAAACCAACACACUUGAAGAGGACAUGGAGCUUUAGAGACAGCUUGCAGCACAGAUCUGUGGGGUAAAAGCAUUGUAACUUGCCGAGAUUCUCCAUCAGCAGGGAAUGGAAUAUUUUGUUAAAGUUUAAAAAGUUUUAAGUGACAUUAAGAUUUUGAUGGCCCAACUGUUCUUGCAUAAACCAAACACUGAAACUAGUCCUGGCUGCAGUCUAUAUAGUGUCUGUACUGCACAUGGAUAUUCUUUAUAUAUUUUUGAAGUCUGUUCCUAUUGCACCCAGUUUAUCUUUGAUCGCAGAUCUGGGAUAAUCAGCCAUAGGCUGUCCAGUGUCAAAUAAUUACUUGUGGUUAGUUUUGAGAAAGUAAGUACCGUAAUUUAUAAUGCUCUUGAAAUGCUAUUUGUUAUGUAAUACAUGAAGAGAUAGGGAACUAGUAGAAGCAUUCCAAGGAGUAUACAAGAGAAUUUUAUGCUAUAUGGAUGUUCAUUGAAGCAUUGUUUCACUCUUGGCUGGAAAAGUUUUUAAUAUGAACUUUUGUUAUUGAGCUUAAGAUAAAAAAUAGCUUUUCUUGCACUAUAACAAAUGAAGAGAAAACUAAAUACUAGCUGGGGAAUUGAAUAAAAAAAAAAGAAACUGAACCUUUUACUUAAGGAUCUCUUCUUGUUAUAGCCAUUGAUCUUUCA